AUGGAACAAGAUAAUACAAUAUUAGAUCAGAUGAAACAACAACUAUAAACAAAAGACUAUUUGACUUUUAAGUCAUAAAUAAAUAUAAUCAAAAGGUAUUACUCAAAGGAAAAAGAAAAUUAAAUAUGUAUAUAUUCAAUAAUUAUUAUAGAAAAACAAAUAAUAUAAUUAAAUAAUAUUCUUGAGACAUUAAAAAAUAUGGUAAUAGAGUUAACUAAAAAUGGAGAUUAUAUUAUUAAUGCUGAUUAAAAUCAAAUUAAUAUUUAACAAAUUAUUGGUGAAAGUGAAGAUAAAAAGUAAUAGAACAUUAAAGAAGCUGAAAGAUUAUUAAAAGAAGGUAUGAAGAAUUGAAUUAUUAUUUAGGAGUUGCAUUAUAUAAUUUGAAUAAAUAUUAAGAUGCCAUUGAAUGUUAUGACAAAGCAACUUCCAUUAAUCCUAAGUAUGAUAUUGCAUGGAAUAAUAAAGGUAUAGUAUAAUUUUUAAGCAUUAUUAUUUAGGAGAUGCAUUAAAUAAUUUGAAUAAAUAUUAAGAUGCCAUUGAAUGUUUAGACAAAGCAAUUUCCAUUAAUCCUAAGUUUGAUAUUGCAUGGAGUAAUAAAGGUAUAUUAUAUAAUAAUUCAGGUUAUGCACUACACAAUUUAUAGAAAUAUACUGAUGCAAUUUCAUGUUAUGAUUAAGCUCUUUCUAUUAACAUUAAUCCUCUAAGAUUACAACGAAAAGGUAAAUCAAACUUUAAUUUAUAUUUAGCUGAUUCACUAUUUGAAUUAGGGAAGAAAUCAGAAGCUAAACAAUUUUAUUUGGCUUACAUUGCAAAAAGGAUCUAAUAAUACGAUUUAUAUUUAGAAAUAACUAUCAAAGUUAUGAAGUAAUAUCAUAUUAAAAAAAAAUAAUAUAAUAAGAUCAAACAUUUCAUAUUAAUCAAUUCUUCGUUGUUUCUUUUGCAAGAAUUUUCUAAACAAUUGUAAAAAAUCAUAAACUCAACAUUUAAAUACUCUCUCUCUAAUUUAAUAGAAAAUUAAAUAACAAUCAUUAUUUCAAAUUCUAAAAUUUAGUAUCAUUUUUUGGCCAUUAUUUCUUUUAAAUAUCAAUUAAAUUAAUAUUGCUAUUGUCCUGAUUCCUGAACUUAAAACACACUUAAAUUCUUUUUUGUUUAUAAGCGGUUAUGACGUAACUUCAAAAAGAAUUAGAUUGUAAUAAUAUCAUUCAUAUUUCACCUAGUCACUCAAAGAUUUUGAAUCCUUUUUAAAAAAAAAUAAGACUUUACAGAAUGCUGUCUUAGAAAGAGGUAAAUUCUAAUUUUAAGGAUAUUAAAUUUUAAGGAUUAAAAUGUUAAAGUCAUUAAAUACUUUUCAGAACCAGAAAUUAAAGUUAUUUUUAUUCACAUUAAAGUUUCGCCCUUAUCAUUCUAAAUUUUAGAUAAAAUGAUCACACAAGCCAAUAAAGAAAUGAUAUUUCAGAAAUGUCUCUAUUCUAAUCUGCAAAGGAUUAUGAAAAUUCUUAAAAAAUUAACUCAUAAUUGAUUUUAAAUCGAAAUGUGGUGGGGUGUUUGAAAGGGAUUAAGAACCUUAAUUAAAUAUAUGAUAGGGCCUGUUAAAUUGAUAUCAAAAAGUUUCUAAUAUCUUGA